AUGGUGGAGGACAGGCCGCAGCAGCCGCAGCUGGACAUGCCGCUAGUCCUGGACCAGGGCCUGACCAGGCAGAUGCGGCUACGCGUGGAGAGCCUGAAGCAGCGCGGGGAGAAGCGCCAGGAUGGGGAGAAGCUCCUGCAGCCAGCGGAGUCCGUGUACCGCCUCAACUUCACCCAGCAGCAGCGGCUGCAGUUCGAGCGCUGGAAUGUCGUGCUGGACAAGCCGGGCAAGGUCACCAUCACAGGCACCUCGCAGAACUGGACCCCUGACCUCACCAACCUCAUGACACGCCAGCUGCUGGACCCCACUGCCAUCUUCUGGCGCAAGGAGGACUCGGAUGCCAUGGAUUGGAACGAGGCCGACGCCCUGGAGUUUGGGGAGCGCCUGUCAGACCUGGCCAAGAUCCGCAAGGUCAUGUACUUCCUCAUCACCUUUGGUGAGGGUGUGGAGCCCGCCAACCUCAAGGCCUCCGUGGUUUUUAACCAGCUCUGA